AUGCCGGAGAUCGCAACUAAGGUGAUCGCUAAGAAAGGCGUCAAGAAGGUACUGACUAAAUCGCACCAAAAGGGCGAGAAGAAGCGGCGCCGAGUGCGCAAGGAGAGCUAUGGUGUUUACGUAUAUAAAGUGUUAAAGCAGGUGCACCCAGACACGGGCAUCUCCUCCAAGGCGAUGAGCAUCAUGAACUCUUUCGUUAACGACGUCUUCGACCGGAUAGCCUGCGAAGCGUCGCGCCUGGCGCACUACACCCGGCGCCACACCAUGUCGUCGCGGGAGAUCCAGACGGCCGUGCGGUUGCUGGUGCCCGGCGAGUUGGCCAAGCACGCCGUGUCCGAGGGUACCAAGGCGGUCACUAAGUAUACCAGCUCGAAGUGA